CCUCCUCCUGCGCGCCCCUCCGCGCGGCCCUAGCAGGGAGUGAGGCUCGGGUGCGCCGGGAGGGCCGCGCGGCGGCGGCGGGCGGGGGCGCGGGGCGCGGGCCGCGCUCGGGGAGGCGCCUGGGCCCGCCCUCCUCCGGGGAGCCGCGGGAGGGGCCCGGGCUGGCGCGGGGCGGGGAGAGCCGCCUGGCCCCUCCCCUCCGCCGCCCUCCCCAAAGUUGCCGUCUCCCCCGGGGCCGGCCGGUCUUAUGAUCCGGCGGAUCCUCCUGGGGAGGCCGGGCCGGGGAGAGGGCGCGGGCGCCGAGUGGCGGGGGCAGCGGGCGGGUGCGGCGACUGGGGCCGGGGCGGGGAUCCGGGCGGCGACCGCGGCGGCGGCAGCGCCCCGGGCCCGCCGCCCCCUCCCCUCCGGCGAGGGGAGCCGCUGCAUGGGGCUGGGGGGGCGGCCCUGCGGCGCGGAGCGGCGGCGACGGCGGCGGACCCCCCAGGCGGGCUGGGGCUGAGCCCGGGGCCGGGGCGGGGGCUCCGGGGGGACCAUGCCCGGAGGCCGGCCGGCAGCAGCAUGGCUCACGGGCCCGGCGCGCUGAUGCUCAAGUGCGUGGUGGUCGGCGACGGGGCGGUGGGCAAGACGUGCCUACUCAUGAGCUAUGCCAACGACGCCUUCCCAGAGGAGUACGUGCCCACCGUCUUCGACCACUACGCAGUCAGCGUCACCGUGGGGGGCAAGCAGUACCUCCUAGGACUCUAUGACACGGCCGGACAGGAAGACUAUGACCGUCUGAGGCCUUUAUCUUACCCAAUGACUGACGUCUUCCUUAUAUGCUUCUCGGUGGUAAAUCCAGCCUCAUUUCAAAAUGUGAAAGAGGAGUGGGUACCGGAACUUAAGGAAUACGCACCAAAUGUACCCUUUUUAUUAAUAGGAACUCAGAUUGAUCUCCGAGAUGACCCCAAAACUUUAGCAAGACUGAAUGAUAUGAAAGAAAAACCUAUAUGUGUGGAACAAGGACAGAAACUAGCAAAAGAGAUAGGAGCAUGCUGCUAUGUGGAAUGUUCAGCUUUAACCCAGAAGGGAUUGAAGACUGUUUUUGAUGAGGCUAUCAUAGCCAUUUUAACUCCAAAGAAACACACUGUAAAAAAAAGAAUAGGAUCAAGAUGUAUAAACUGUUGUUUAAUUACGUGAGAAACAUCGUCAGUGGCCAAGGAAACUGUCCAUUUCUCUCAGAAAGCAAAUGAAAUGCUACAACUAUACCUAGACCUUUUAUAGGUAAUGAAGCAGUUCAAAACUUGAAAGAAAACAAAACCUGUCCUCAGAAUUCUAUAAAGUUUAUUAAGAAUGUCCCUUAAAGGUUUAAGAAGCAGUAAGCAGCAUCUGAAGCCACAAUCUAUUAUAAAUACUUUAUUUCAACUAGAAGGUACAAUCUCUCAGGGGUUUCAUAGUUUAAAAAGCUACAAUCACAUCAUGUUGUAACUACAUAAAAAACAGAGCUGUAAAUGGAACUGCUUGGCUUUGACCAUACACAUUUCUGCACAGCCCUUACAGAAUCUGCACAAAGAAAUAUUUCCCUUUGCUCCAGUUAAUUGUUCUUGUAUGUAAGUUGCUUUCUAUUCCAGUAUAUCCAGAGUGGUGAAAUAACAAGGCCAGCCACGUAGCCAAAGGUCGCUCCAAGCGUACAGGAGAUGGGCCAUACCUGAGGAGAGAAUGUAUGAGAUCAAAAAAGAACAAAUGUUUUAUUACUUGAGCACAAGUGUAACCUAAAUAUUUCUAUAUUAAAGCUUAAUGUGCUUUCUUAAAGAAUGCCAAAAGUGUAAUAAGGUCAUAACUGCAUUUAUCAUGAACACUAAAAAUGUACACAUUUUAGUUAAUGUGCAUUAAACUGUAACAAGGCUUCUGGCAAUUGUAGACUUAGUUUGAUGCUCCCCAAAGUGCAUGAGACACAUGCUAAAAUUACAAAUUAAAAUUUUGGGUCAGACUUUGCCAUAAUGCUGGACUCAAUUUAGCUCUCUGAACUAGUUGGUAAUUUUUUUUUAAUUCCCACUUUGGCUGUGUACAUCAAAUGAAAUGAGAAGUGUGUAUGCUGACCAAACCACAAGAAACUUUCUUUAAGUUGUGUUAAAGAGGAAAGACCUAGAAUCCAAGCAUAUUACAUGAAAAUUGUAACAGAGCAGCUGCUCCCACCUUUCAGAUAUAGAUGUUGGAACCACAGCAGAAGUUAUAGAGCGACAACUUACAUACACACCUAGAAUGUAAGUUAAACAAAAUACCGGCUUCCAGAGACCCAUUUUCUCCAGCCAUAUUACAUUAGGCUAGAAGUAAUUAAUGUUGAUUUAUUUCAUCUACAAGCAGUUGGUCCCUAAGUGAAAGGCUCUGCUUAAAAAAAAAAAAAAAAAAAAAAAAAAAAAGUUGGAGAAAAAUUUUCCUGUUCUUCUGUGAAGCUUAUUUGGUACACUGGAGCCAUUUCUAAUCUUUCUCUGGGGGGAACAGGCCACAGAACUGUGUUAGAGGUGAACCAUCUUAAUUACUAGUUCUAUUACCUAAUUCAGCUUCCUUGUUUGGUCUGCUGUGGAUCUGCCUUAUUGCAUAUGCCAUGCAUCAGAUAAUGGUGUUAGACAAAGCUUCAUUGUGAACAACCUAAUGCAUUUUAGAGAAACAAUCUCAUCUACACAUUUUUUUCUAGCCUUUCCUACAUUUAAAAUUGCUGUUGCCUAAAUUAUAAUUUUUUAAAUGUCUUUGGUGGGCUUCUGUUAAUUCACAUGACUUGAGCUUAUAGCUAUGUCUACUGCACAGAUUGGGUAAUGGAACACUAAACUUUUAUACUUGAAAAUGACAGCCUUAAAUGCUCAUAUCAGUCACAAAUCUAGGAUGUACUGUCUUGUUGUAUGUGAGCUUUGUAGAGAUUUUUAAAAAUAUAAGCAUCACCUUCCCAUUGAAGAGUGGAGAGAGUCUACUGGAUGACUGGCCAGGAACUUUCUCUCUGAAUCGGACAUUUGGAUGUCUUCUUUCUUCCAAGAAAUGGUGGUUCACAUUAAAGUAUCAUGGCCUUAUGUAUGCUCAAAUGGAAUCUUAUGUAACUUUCUUAUUUAAUUUUGGUCUGCUAUUUUUAGAUAAAAUUGAAAGGAAUUGUAUAAAUCAAUUAACAUAUUAGCUAAGUUGUCCAACACAUGGUAUAAACGAAUUACAACAGUAAACUAUUAUACAUUUCCAA